GAGAGAUUUUGCGGGUGGCCGUUUUGCUACCCCCCCCCCCUGGAGGCGAUAGAAUCGCCAUUCCAAUCAGCCAAUAGCUGCUGUGAAGGAACGCGGCAGAACCAUUGCAAUCAUCAGCCAAUAGGUGCCGUGAAGGAACGCGGCGGAACCAAUCAGUCAAUAGUAAGGAACGAGGCGGAGUCAAGAGUAGUGCGGUGACGGAAGGCGACGGAACCAUUCCAAUCAGCCAAUAGGUGCUGUGAGGGAAGGCGGCGGAAUCACUCCAAUAAUCAGCCAAUAAGUGCGGUGAAGGAAGGCGGCGGAACUAUUCCAAUCAUCAGCCAAUAGGUACCGUGAAGGAAGGCAAGCGGCGGAACAAUGUCCACCACGACGCGGCUAUGGCUGCGGAACGAGGUCUUCGACGGGGUGCUGCCGCUGAGGGCGACGGGAGUUCCACUCUCGCCGGCGAGGAAUCUCGGGCCGGGGACGGCGGCCGGUCCGUCCCCGCUUUUCGUACUGCUGAAGGCGGUGCGGGAGGUUAACCCGGACACUGUCAGGUACACCACGUGGAUCACCGAGGGAUGGCGAGUCCUGCAGUGGUCGGAACCGUCGGCAAAGCUCUUCUGGGAGAUGCUCUGCAUGUACCAAUGCCAUAGCCCCAGGCUGGGGUCUACUGAGAAGGUGGCGGUCGGGGUGGGCAAGGAAGACAAGGUGCAGUCGGUACAACUCAGCGUGUCUCAGCUGGGGCUCUUCCUGUUCCUUCACCUGCACACGGACUCGACCAACCACAGACUGGCUUCCCAGCGAGCACACCAGGCGGACAGCGUUUGGCCCUCGGAGGAGGCAGCGGCCGCACUAGGGGGAAGCCCCAGAAGAGCUGGAGGACCCGCCAUCUCUCCGGGAAGGGUCGCGCACGGCAGAGGGGCCACCUCCCCCAACUCUCUGGCGGCACCCUCUUCCCCACGAGGCUUCGGCACCGGAACGUCGGCGGCGGCAGCUGCCGCAGCGGGGAUUCACAUGUUCCCGUCGACGUCGCCCGUGUCGCCGACAAGGCGAGAUGAUGUUUUGUGGUCGUUGUGCUGA